UUUAAUCUUGUUGACGUCGGAAACCGGUUGCCUUGACACUGAGAAGCGUUGGUCCUCGUAAUGAUUGUUCGACGUCAAGGGUGGUUGUCUAAGUGAUGGACAGUGGCUUGCCGGAGGGUUCUGACCCCAGGCUGGGCGGAGACGAAGACGGCGUGCCCGCAGAGGCGGAGUCUUCCAUGGACCCGGCCCCGCCUACCACGCAGAGCGCCCCCGUGGAGGGCGCUGACGCCGCCCACGGCGACGAUGAUGACGAUGACGUGGUGCUGGUGGAAGCCCCGCCACCCGUACCCCCAGCCGGGGCUCAAGCGAGUACCCCCUCCCCAAAGCAAAAUGACUGCGCUGAGAAGAUUGUUACGGCAACGGCGGCAGCGCCCACACACGACACUAAAACCCCCACUCCCUCUCCCCCCACCCCCACCCCCACAACGGCGGCCAAGAGCCAGAGCGAGACCAUAGUGAUUGACGAUGAGGAAGACUCCUUUGAGCAGAAGGGCUCUUCCUCACAGCCCCCCCCAGUGAGUGUGGCCCCCCCCACCUCUGACAGCCCCCCGCUGAGCAGCACAGAGCCAGACUCGGAGAUCAAGAUAGCUAACGUCACCACGCUGGGCGUGGCCAGUUCCGGUCCCGCCAUUGCCAUGGAGACAGGUGCGUCAUUGGGUUCCAAAGGGGACAUGAACCUGAUGAUCACCAGCGUGACGUCGCUGCAGGGGGUGGGGUCAGGGCCAGGGCUGGAGCAGGACAGCGGGCUGCAGAUUGGCAGCACCUUCAGCCUCAACCCGGAGACCCAAAUGCAAGCGUCCACGAGCAGGCCUGCGACCUUUAACCCCGGCCGGGUCGGCACCGCCAACGAGCCUGUGCAGAACGGGGAGACCACCACACACCAAAGAUCUGAUUUGUGGAUAUCCCAGUCGGCUACUUUCCCGAGGAACCAGAAGCAGCCCGGCGUGGACUCCCCGGCACCGGCCGCCUCGCUGCCCAAGCAGGUGCCCUCACCCUCGGGCUCCCAGCAGGCCCCCAGGACGGUCAAGGUCACCUGCGCCAACUGCCGCAAGCCCCUGAAGAAAGGACAGACGGCCUACCAGCGCAAAGGCUCCGCCCACCUCUUCUGCUCCACCACCUGCCUCUCCGCCUUCUCCCACAAGCCCGCCCCCAAGAAGAACUGCACCAUGUGCAAGAAAGAUAUCACCAGUAUGAAAGGAACAAUAGUUGCCCAGGUGGACUCAAGCGAGUCCUUCCAGGAGUUCUGCAGCACUGGCUGUCUUUCGUCGUACGAGAACAAACAGAACCCGCCCAAGACCCCUGUGAAGACCAGGUGUACGGUCUGCGGGAAACUGACUGAAAUUCGCCACGAAGUCAGCUUUAAGAACGUCACCCACAAGAUCUGCAGCGACAUGUGUUUCAACCGCUACCGUAUGGCGAACGGGCUGAUCAUGAACUGCUGCGAGCAUUGUGGGGGCUACCUGCCCACCAAGGCCAACCACUUCCUUGUCAUCGAUGGCCAGCAGAAACGCUUCUGCUCUCACAACUGCGUCAAGGACUACAAGCAGGCACACGGGAAGAUGACGAUCUGCAGCGGGUGUAAGACUUCGUGCCGCGCUCUCACAGGCACGCACUGCAUCGGGGCAAAUGGCACCAUGGAAACGUUCUGCUCCGCCAUCUGCAUGGCCAAGACCAAGGGCUCCACCACCACCGUCAGCACCACCACCACCACCACCACUACUGAACCCCGCUGUCAUUUCUGUAAAGAGAAGGCCUUGCCGCAGUACCAGGCCACACUUCCAGAGGGGGUGGUGUAUAACUACUGCAGCUCCACCUGCAUGACUAAAUUUCAGGAUUUUACUGCCCUUUCCGGGAAAAAGUCAAACGGUCAGACGGCACCUUCCUCCACAACCAACAACAUUCAGCUCAAGUGCAAUUACUGCAGAGGGGCCUUCAGUCUGAAGCCCCAGACCCUGGAGUGGGAGAACAAAGUCUACCAGUUCUGUAGCAAGCCCUGCUGCGACGACUAUAAGAAGUUGCACUGCAUAGUUACGUUCUGCGAGUACUGUCAGGAGGAGAAGACUCUUCACGAAACCGUCAAGUUCUCAGGGGUGAAGAAGCCCUUCUGCAGUGAGGGAUGCAAACUGCUGUACAAGCAGGAAUUUGCCAAGCGACUGGGGCUGAAGUGUGUCACAUGCAACCAUUGCACCCAGAUGUGCAAGAGAGGCGUGACCAAGCAGAUCGACGGAGUACAGCGGGACUUCUGCAGCGAGCCCUGCGCCAAUAAGUUCAAUGACUGGUACUACAAGGCGGCGCGCUGUGACUGCUGUAAGCUGCAGGGGAAUCUGAGCGAGUCGGUGCAAUGGAGGGCUGAGAUGAAGCACUUCUGCGACCAGCAGUGUCUCCUCCGCUUCUACUGUCAGCAGAACGAGCCCAACCUGGCCACGCAGAAAGGGCCCGAAAACAUGUCCUACGGGCCUGGAGGACAGCCACAGGGAACCAAGGCAACGGUGUAUAAUCAGACCUCUGUGCCUGCCUUCGCUGGGGGAGGAAUGCUGAAGGACGUUAAAAACAAGGCUGUGCUCUGCAAGCCCCUCACGCUGACCAAGGCUACCUACUGCAAACCCCACAUGCAGAGCAAGCACUGCCAAACAGAGGAAGAGGUGCAAAAGGAGUACAUCCCGGUCCCGGUCCCUGUCCCCGUCUUCAUCCCUGUGCCAAUGAACAUGUACGCACAGGCCACGCCAACACCUGUCACCCUACCUGUCCCGAUCCCCGUGCCUGUGUUCCUGCCCACCACCCUGAGCGGUGCGGAGCAGAUCGUUCAGACCAUCGCUGAGCUGAAGAUCAAAAUCCCGGCUGACCCACUGGAGGCUGAGCUCCUGGCCAUGGCGGAGAUGAUUGCUGAGGCGGAUGAGGAGAAGCCCGACUGCACAGAUGUGAGAUGUGAAAGUGCGGAUAGCGCGGACGUAAAGAGAGAGACCGUGAAGAGUGAGAGCAGCAGCUCGGGAGAAGAGGAAGAGGAAGAGGAAGAGGAGGAUGAUUCCUACCAGCCCCAUCUGGAUCUUGAGGACGAUUUUCCCAGAGUUCCUGAUCCCGUUCCAGCUGUGGAAGGCCUUGAUGCUGAAAUCGGCUUCACGCUGCCUCUGGUCCUGGGGGAUGAGAGAGAGGACAAGCCUGGAAUCAAGGUUGAACAGAAGGGACGCAAGAGGAAAGCGGUGGAAAUGGACGCCUCUCCCUCAUCGCCCGACACCUCAUCAAUGAGCUGCUCCUUCCCCCUCAAGUCCCGGUACGGAGUGAACGCCUGGAAGAGAUGGGUACUGACGAGGAAGAACCACCCCCAGGACGACAAGGGGAAAGACCGACUCAAAGACGUGAAGCCCUCCCGGCUGAAGAGGAACCUGCUGUCCCUCAGGGCGGCCGAGCUGAACUACGGGUUGUCCCGCUUCGUCAGCGAGGCCCGGCGGCCGGGCGGGGAGUCCUACGCCCCCGACAGCAUCUUCUACCUCUGCCUGGGGAUCCAGCGGUAUCUGCUGGACAACGGGAGGACUGAGGACAUCUUCAGUGACCCAUACUACCAGCUGUUUGGACAGGAGCUGAACAGAGUCCUCCAAGGCUGGCAGCCCAGUGUGCUUCCUGAUGGCUCUCUGUGGGGGCGGGUGGAGGAGCAGGCCCUGUGGAGCAGUAGACAGCUGGGCCAGCACUCCCCCAUCGCCCUGCUGCGCUCCCUGGUCUACCUCAACACCAAGUACUUCGGCCUGAGGACCGUGGACCAACACCUGCGGCUCUCUUUCGGGAAGGUGUACGAGCAGCGCACGGUCACCCCGCACUCCAAGGACACCUCCUUCUGCAUCCGGAUACCUUCCAUUUCCCAGGAUCAGGUAAAAACUGGAACAAGGAAGAGGAAACGCAAAGCGGUGGACGGAGACCCGGACUACGAGCCGGACGAGGAUUCGGGAAGCUCCACUCACUGUCCCAUCAAGAAGCACGAGUGCCUCCUAUACGAGCUCUACCUCUCCAAAUGUCCUGCAGCCUUGAAGAAGAGGACAGACGUGUUCUACAUGACGCCGGACUCUUCGAGCAGCUCGGACAGUGCGCUGUGGUACAGCUCCACCCCCCUGGAGCGGGCCGUCCUGGAGAAGGUCCUGACCCGAAUCCUCCUCAUAAAGGACAUCUAUAGCCAAAGGGACCCCUCGGAGGAAGAGGAGGAGGAGGAAGAGGGCAGCGAGUAGCCCCGGCCACUCCUCCACCAGAAACUCACUCUUAGCAUUAGUGCAGCACUAAGUUCUACCGCUCCGUAUCUCUCCCAGCUGCCCCUCAGAAAGGCAGGGGAGGGGGGACGGGGUAGGGGGCAACAUUCGGGGCGGUUGCUUCCGGGGGGAUCAAACGCAGUAACUCCACACUCCCGAUGUAGCAUGUUCAACACUACGCCCAGAUUGGGCAGCUUGGAUUUGUAAAUAAUUUUAAAAGGAGGAACGAGAGGUUUGAAUCCACAGUCCGAAUCUAAAGAGACAAGCUGACUUCUUCUCCUUAACCCUGAUGCCUUUAUUUUUGUGAAAAAAGCCUUUAUUUAUUGAUUUAAGAUCGGUUUGUUGUUUUGUUUCGUUUUUUUGAGAGGAUACGGGAUUGUGUAGCGCGCUCUACCUCUCUCCUCCCCUCAUUAAAAGUGCCGUUCCAUAGACCCUCUCUCCUCUCUAUGUUUUGGGAGGGGGGGUCUAUCUCCUCUCUCUGUUCUGGGAGGGGGGUAUAGAGUUGUUUAGGGCCUUUUUGUAAGAGCAAGAUUUAAAGGUUCAUUUUGAAAGCCAGUAGAAUAGAGGGUUUCUUCUACUGCCCCAUAUGUCCUGCAGUGCUCAUUAUUGCAGGUCAUUGAAUGGGGUAUGACCUAGGCCUGACAUGUUUAUCCCUUUCAGUCCCAUGCCCAAUAUGUAGUGGCUCCGCCCAAAUCCCAAGGUGUUUUGGCUUUGGUUGAGAAAAUUUAGUAGGGUUUUAGUAGGGGCUCAAAACAAUAGUAUAACAGUUAUUUUGAUUGGUUGAAAAGGUAUACGGUCGAGAGUGCCAUAUUGCACUCUUUGGAUUUUAUGGGAGAUACGAUUGAGUGCAAUAUGGCACACUUGGGACUGAAUGGGUUAAAGAGAGACCCAUAGCAUAGUGCAUCUGUACAACAUUGGCAAUGGAGUUCUCACAUUUGUCCUUACCACACUAUUUUAAACCCCACGUCAGACAGUAUGCUGAUAUGUGGACUUUGAUGCUUUAAAUGUGAAAGUACUUAGAGUGGGUGACAGUGGGCAGUUCCCAGGCUGCAUUCUCACAUAGUAGAAAUAAGUGACGUUCUCACUGCGUUGCCCUAGCGUUUCUGCAACGUUGUGAGCAUGAACAUCACAGUACUGUAUGCGUUAGCUGAACUAGGCCUGGUACACCCAGCAGUGUUGUCUUAAUGUACUCUCUGAUUUGAGUCCGUUUCACUCCUACUGUAUAAGCUCUUCAAAUUGCCAAGUGACAGGUGUCAUAUUGGAAGCUCUUCUUUAGAUAAACUCAGUUAUGCUAGCAUUUCUUCUUUUUUUAAUUUUAUUUUUUAUUUAUGGGGUGAAAAAUGAAAAGCAAUUGAAAGUGCAUAUUUUUAUACUUGUUUUUCUUUUAUGUUGCAUAUGUAUUUUUUUACCUCCAAAUAAAUUGCAGUGAGUACA